UUUUGGGAUGACAGGUAAACAUUAGUCUAAUAUGUCUGCGCCCCUGUUAUCAUUGUCGAGUAGUGAAGACGAGGAAAUUUCACCCAGACCUCCUUCAAAAGUCCGUAAAAAGCAUUUUAAACAAUGUUAUAUGCAUCUCACCUCCAUAAAGAAAGAGGAAAUAAAGGAUUUUACACGCACACGGUGGGAUACACAGAAACUCCGUCAAACGGUGGCUUGGUCUGCACGGCGUUUCAUUGAUAAAAAGCGCUUGGAUGCGGCCGAGAAACGCGCUACACAGCGUGUCGAGGUUUAAGAUCAUGGCCAGUCUGUGGCAUCGGGUAGUAGUAACGUUAGUAUCACUACAGUUCAAUGUCCAACAAAGACACUUAGGUCCAAGACUGGCCUGCCAGUAGCUUGUGCUGGCCCUGUGCUUCCUGCCUUGUGCAUAAUUUGCAAGAAACGCCAGAAGGACCAUCUUUCACAGGCAGAAACAUUGUCAGCAGGCGAGUUGCUGAAAGCUGCUGAGAUGAAGGAAGACACUAGCAUUCUUGUGCAUAUUCGUAACAAAGACUGUGUGUCUCUGGAGGUGCGAUACCACAAGUCCUGUUAUAGACAGUACACCAGGUUCUUGACAAAGUCUAGUGCAUCAGUUACUGGGACCUCAGAAGAACAAAAUGAGCCAACCUUCGAUGCCAGCUACAAGAUCUUCUGUGAGAGGAUCAUUCGCCAUAAAAUAAUUGUAAACCAAGAGGUGCUGACAAUGACUCAGCUUAGAAGGAUCUUUUUAAAUCUGGUGGAAAAGCAUGAAGAUCUUGAUGCUUCUAACCACAGGCAGGAUAAAUUGAAGAGGAGGUUGAUCCGUGAUUUCCCCCAGCUGGUGUUUCACUCCCCCAAGAAGCGCAACAUAAGUGAGAUGGUUUUCGUUGAGACAUUGUCUGCAGAUAAGCUGAUAGACAGACUACCUCAUCCAUCAGGUACAGAAACAACAGAGUCAACUGAGGUAACUAGCCAAAGUGACUGUGAAAACAGGUAUAGUGCAAAAGCUGGUCCACAAAGACCAACUUCAAUGGCCUCCAUCAAUACUGCAGAGGACACAAGGACACUUUACAGUGCGGCAUUAAUAUUAAAGAUGCUUCUGUGUGACUCUCCCGGUAUGAAAUGCCCAUGGCCACCCACGUCAGAUGACUUAAAUGUGAGCGAGGCUAAAUCUGCCGUGCCAAUUGAACUGUACAAUGUGAUUUCAUGGAUUAUUGGUGCAACUGAGGAACCAACACUGGCCCAUUAUGUUGAUAUUCCUGCCCCUGAAAGUGUGUUGCAGGCAGUCCACUGCAGUUGCAAGCAAAGCAAAUGUGAGACUGGGAGAUGUUCCUGUAUGUCUGCAAGACUGUCUUUAUACUGAUUUAUGUCGGUGCCAAAAUUGUGCAAAUGUUUCACAGGAAACAGAAGAAAGACCUACAUCGGAUGAUGCCUCUGACAGUGAUAGGGAUGAGUAAAUAUCCACUGUGUUAUAUUUUAAGGUGCUUUUGAGCUUUAAAAUAUCUGUUGUCGAAUUGUAAAAAAAAAAAAAAAAAUUGGCAGCAUUAAAAAAAGGGGGACAGUGAAGCAUUUCGAAUCAUUUUAGCCAACUAUGGCCAAAGUGUGCUUAUAUUAGUAUAUUUCUGUAAUUGCACAGUACCUACUGAACAUUUUGAUGUAUAAAACAUCACAGUUUUGAUAAAUUUACUAUGUUUAUGUUCAAUUUUGUUUAAUGUCAGUCUGUGAAGUUGAAGCAUUUUUUCCACAAAUGUGCCAUAUUUCAUAGUCUAUAUUCAAUCUUGACUAUAUAAUCCACCAAAACCAGUCUCAAGUGUUUAGGUACAUGGAUAAAUGUCAGUUUGAGAUAUAUUUUGUGUUGCUAAAAUGUAUAUAAAUAAAGUUACAAACAAAAUCAGAAGCAUAAGAUUUUCGUUUUUUCAAAUUCACAAUUAUAAACAUUUAUGGAUUGUGACAAAAAACUGCAGGGUAUUUUGCGGAGAACU